AUGAAUACUAAAUAAAGAAGAUCUAUUAGUAGCGAAUCUAAAAAGCCUUCUAAUGAAUACACAUACAGGACUAUUUAAAUGGGUACUCCAUAAAAUGAAUAUCUUACUUCAAGAUCUACUACUGCUUCUAUUGAAAAAAAAUUACAUACAUUAGGAAAACUUAGGUAUGAAUAAAAAUUGAAGCUUAAUGCUACAAUAAAUUAUGAUGAACAAUCAAUUAGAAAUUCAAUGCUUUUUUAAAAUGAAGAUUGGGGUAAAUUUGAAUUUCCAAGUUGGUUAAAAGGAAGAACAGACUUUAUGAAACUUAAAAAAUCUAAAAAUUUUGAUUACCAUUUAUAAGUCUUCUCAAUAUGUGAAUUAGAGUAUUAAUCUGAAUAAAAUUUUAGCCCUUUUAAAAGAUCAGAAGAAUUAAAUGAAAUUGUUGCUAAUUAUUUGGUUAAGCUAGAUUUCUUUAGACUUAUGCCAUUAAGAAUGAUAAAAUAGAUCUCUAGUAGAUUAUAAGCUAAAAGCUAUGAAGAAGAUGAAAUUAUUUGUCAAAAAGGAGAUAAAGGAGAUUCUAUGUAUAUAAUUUUUGAUGGAAAAGUAAUAGUUUAAGGAUUGAAAAACGUUUAAUUGGGAUCAAAAAACUUAAUUGAUAGAGGUGCUUUAGAAUAUGAUUAUUUUAGAAAUGAUACUAUAUAGGCAGUAACUCUUACACAUUUAUUAAUUUUAAAUCGAAUAGAUUAUAUCACUAUUCUUAAUCAUAAUAUGAAAGCGGAACAUUCAAACCAUGAACAAUUUAUAAGAAAUCAUUAAUUAUUCUCUCAUUUUCCUGAUGAAAAAUUGAAUAAAUUUUGUUGCUUACUUUAAGGGAAAUUUUUAACUUCCAACGAAACUCUCUAUAAUGUUGGUGAUUUUGUUGAUUAUCUUUAUAUUGUUAAACUAGGAACUUUGGCUCGAAAAAUAGUUAUGGACUUAGAAGAUUAAAAUAGAUGGCCUAUUGUAAUAAUUUCUAUAUAAUCUAUUAUUAGAACAAGAAAAAAUGGUUAAGCUAAAUUAUUACAAGAACUAUCUCAUUUAAUAUUGAUUAUGAAAUAGGAUCAUUAGUUGGAUACUCAGAAAUUAUUGAUAAUGAUUUUGAUUUAGAAAAAAAGCGAAAAGAGGCUAUUUAUGCAAAAACUGAUUGCUUUUUGUUAUAUGUUUCUAAAUCACAAUUUUUUUAAGGUAUGUAAAUAAAUCAUUAAAAAAGUAUUUUCUUCAGCUGAUAUAUAAUAUUUUUAGAAUUACCAAAUUAAAAAUCCGUCUUUGACCUAAGAAUAAUUAAUAAAAGAUACUCGUAAGAAAUCAAUUGAGUAAAAGCAAAAGCUUUAAAUGGUAAAUUAAGCUAUUUACACUCAUCUUAGAUAAUUUUCUUUUGAUUAUGAUACACUUAAAAAAAAAGAGCAGAAGUAUGAUUAAGUUAGAAAAAAUUAAAAAAAAGCUUCAAGAGAAUUCAAAAAUCACUACACAAUUAUUCGAAGGGAAAAAUUACAGAAAAUUAUAGAACUAGAAAAGAUUUGA